UUUAAAUAUUCGAUUAAUAAUAAAUAAAUAAUGCUGCGACUCAAAAGUAAGGUUAAGGUUAUAAGUAGUGUGAGCGUAUUCAGAGCUUCUCUUUACACAGAAUAAGAUAAGACUUAGAUUUAAAACACAAGCUCAUAUCGUUCUCUUUGUUUCUAUUUAUAGCGUUGAAAAUGUCGGUUGAAGGUGUAUUUGAAAAACGAUGUCUGACUACUGGAGCUCCAACUGAGUUAUCAUUCAUAACAACCAGUCUUUCCAUGGUCUUCACUCUCACAAGUAUUCCUGGAAAUAUUCUCAUAAUUCUAGCUGUUGUCUUAGAUCCAAACAAGAAUCUCCGAACUCCAUUUAAUUGGUUGGUUGUAAAUUUGGCAGCAGCCGAUUUAAUUGUUGGCACGAUGACUAGCCCUAUCUCAGUGUAUAUUCAUAUGAAAGAAGGCCUGAAGGAGAAAUUAUCUGUUUCCGAAAUCAGAGCAAUUCACUUGAGUUAUUUCAUCUCGUGUACGGCCUCUGUUCUAAGUCUUUCAAGUUUGGCUCUUGAACGAUACCUCGCUGUAAGAAAACCGACCACAUAUCGUACUAAUGUGACCAACAGACGAAUCAUAUUAACCAUCACUGGAGUUUGGUUGAUAUCUUUGAGUUUGCCGAAUAUAUAUUUUGAAGUUGGGUACAUUACAUACGCAUUCAUAUUCGCUAACACCGCUGUUGCAGUAGCCAUUGCAAUCACGUGUCUAACAUACACCCUCAUGUUGCGAAAAGUUCAAGAAAGAUCCCAAAAUAUAUCCAAUAAUGUUAAUGUCAGAGAAGCUUCCUACACCAUCUCUCCAAGUACAUCAGAACCAUCCCAAGGUCACACCUUCUCAACGGUUCCAGCAAAUACCCCCAACUCUAUCGUCACAAGCGCACGUGAAAUGGAACUGAAAGUGACUAAAAUGUUUAUUAUUGUUCUCAUCGCCAUGUUAUGUUGUUAUGGCCCUUCAACUUUGUUGAUCUAUAUCAUGAAUUUCUGUGAAUCCUGUAGCUGCACAGAGCUUCAUUGGUUCCGUGACUUGCAGUUCCUUUUCGUGCUGAUGAAUUCAUCCGUUAAUUUCUGGUGUUAUGCUUUACAGUCCCCUAGAUUUCGAAAUGCUUUUACUAAAAUCUUGAAGAUCAAGAAGCGACGUAAUGGAGCUGAACAGUCAAGUUCUUCCACCAUCAAUAAUAUACCGACUGUUUCCUUCAGUACCAGUGCUGAGAGAGGAGAGGAAGUAGAACAAAGCGAAAUAAAAGUAGAGAUGAGAAAUGAAGGAACUAUAAACAAAGGACUAGACAUUGUUCCUUAAAGACAAAGGACUAUAGAUAUUGUUCCUUAAGGACUGGAUAGGUUCACUUGGGAGAACAGUAUUUUACUGACUGUGACUCCUGUAUAAAAAUAAAUAAAGCUUCUAUUCUAAAUAUCCAUCAUGUCCAUGAAUACUGUAAAUCCUCUAUUACAAGCCUUUACCCUUAUCAAUAAACACCUCCCCCGCUUCUAAAGAAAGAAAAUUAUUAAGCCCCUUCUCAAACAAGCAAGCCCCUGAAACAAAAAGACACAUGUUUACUUACCAAUCACAUUAGUCAAACCCAAAAAGUGUAAUGGUUGUAUCCGUCCCGAGCAAUCUACUUCUUAGAAAUUUAACUAGUCCUGCAUGGUGCUACCAGCUGGCCAUGCGUAUACACAUCUAUAUAUAUAUUAGGAGAGGAUUGUUAGGAAGGUGGGUAAUUAACUCUGUUUUCGAGACGCACUUAAUCAGGGUGCGAUAAUUCGCGUACCAACGUACCGGUACGCCAAAUUUAUGGUCUGGUACUUCUUUGUUUUUAGCCAAGUACCACGUAGGUACGCGGAAAUUUACUAUUCGCGUACUUACGUUUUCCUUCUAGCAAUAACUAGCAAACCUGCCAAAGUAUUCAAAACCGUGAAGAACUUUAGCUGUACAUGCAUGUAAAUUCCACGCAUCCGACAUAUU